AUGGGUCUGUUAUAUUUUCCUCGGAACGACACUCAUCUUGAUGAUGGUACUGAGAUCCCUGGUACUGUUAAAUUGGUAGAUGUUGACCAUAAUUUGGAUGUCCAGCAUCAGGGCGAGAAAGAUGUCAUUCUAGUGCCCCAGCCUACUAAUAGUCCUGAUGAUCCUUUGAAUUGGACUCCUUUUAGAAAGAUCAUUACUCUUAUCUGGCCAUGCUACUAUACAUUUAUGGUAGCAGUUCUGGCGGCUGUUCCUGCUAUUUCAUACCCAGAAAUGGUGACAGAUUUAGGAAUCCCUCUUGGAAAUCUUGUAUCAGGUACUGGCUACCUUUUCUUGUUCUUUGGUCUUGGUUGUCUUUUCUGGCAACCAAUUGCAUUGAACUUCGGCCGUCGUCCUGUAUAUAUCUACACUCUGUUAAUAGGGGGUAUUGCCUGUCCACUGUGGCUCAAUCAUGUGUCCAGUUCAGGUGAAUACUAUGCGAACCGUAUUAUCUGUGGAUUCUUUCUGUCUUCUGUUGAAUCUCUCGGUGAAGUCGUGGUGGGUGAUCUGUAUUUCACCCAUCAAAGAGGUAUGGGCAUUAACAUCUACAUGAUGUCUCUUCUCAGUGGAACGUUUCUUGGACCACUGGCUGGUUCUUUCAUCACUGGAAGCAUGACCUGGAAAUGGCUGAACAAUUUCCUGGCUAUUUUCUGCGGCAUGGGUGUCAUUCUGUCAUACAUCUUCAUGGAAGAGACGAUGUUUUUCCGACCUGCUGCUGCAGAAGAUAUCCUGUCCCGUGCUGGUGUAGUUCACCAUGCUGAAGAACAAGAAGCAGACAUGUCUACUACCAGCUCGUCCAAUGGCAACGAGAAGAAUGUCGCCAGCACCGUGCAACUCAACUCAGGAGCUGGUUCAAUUGAGGAGCUUGCACCUCCUGCCCGUAAGACAUACUUCCAGAGAUAUCCCAUCCUCUUCUACCGAUCACCAGGCCAGCCAAAUCUGUUCUUCCAGUCUGUCAUUCGACCUCUACAAAUCUUUGUAUACUUUCUCCCUGUUGCCUGGAGCGGAUUAGUAGUGUCGCUAGCACUUGCGUGGUGGUCAGUAGCCGGUGGUACCAUCGCAGCUAUUCUAGCAGAACCUCCUUACAAUUUUGGAUCCAGUGCUCUUGGACUCGUUUACAUCUCCCCUCUGGUCUCAUCGAUCAUCUGUGGAUACAUUGGAGGACCACUUUCCGACCGGUUCUGUCUCUGGAUGGCCCGACAUAACAACGGAGUUCGUGAGCCUGAGUUCCGAUUCUACAUUGGAAUCUUAGCACUGAUCUUGACGCCUGCUGGAUUAUGGAUGUACGGAAUCGGUGCCGCUCACCAAGCCCCCUGGCCCGUCAUUGUCAUUGGAUACGGAUUUUCCACUGUCGGUUCUACACUCGGACAAUCACUGCCGUACACAUAUAUCAUGGACUGUUACCCACGCAUUGGCGGCGAUUCCAUGGUCACCGUCAUUCUCGUGCGAAACAUCAUCGGCGGCUUCGCAUUCGCAUACGCCAUCACCCCCUGGAUUGCGACCGACGGCUACCAAACGACCUUCAUCAUCCUCGGCCUGCUCAGCAUCUUUUUCUGGCUCACUUGUAUCCCCAUCAUCAUCUUCGGCAAAUCUCUCCGCCGCAAAACUGCCCAACGCUACCACCAGUACGCACAAACGUCCUCUCACUAG